AAAGAUUUAGCAGAGCUCACAGCUCGCGGUGACUCCUCUCUCUCAUCUUACUCAUAUUUAACCUAUAUUAACCCACUUAACCCCCUUGUGAAUAAAAUUGGUGUGUCCCCCAGUGCGGUGUGUGCGUCGUGGUGGGCAGAGAGCGUGGAAAAUGGUGCGUAUAUCGAGGAAAUAAGAUGGAGAAGAGAUGAAGUGAGGGUGGUGGUAGGGGCGGCCUGGCAGACACACAGGUAUAUGGUGGUGAGUCUUGUGUCUGCUGGAAGCUGCUGCUGCUGCUGGUGAGCAGACAUGCAGAAGGGGGAGAGGAGGGAGCGUGGUGGUGGUGGUGGAGGGGGUAAGGAGGACCAGGAGCCAGCCUCCAGGAGAGUAUCAAGAGCCAGUACUGCUAACAGGACGGCCACCACCACCAUGCAGCCUGGAUCAAGAACCUCCUCCUCCUCUAACUCUCUAGAACUAUUUGUUGGUCCAAACUUCAGAGUUGGCAAGAAAAUUGGUUGUGGCAACUUUGGUGAACUCAGAUUAGGAAAGAAUUUGUACAACAAUGAGCAUGUCGCUAUCAAAAUUGGUAAGUAA